UACCAGCUGCAGUGUGAGUCAUUAUUUCGUCAUCACUGGACACAUUUUUUUGCAUUUAUUUUUUCGUGACUGAAGUAAUACUUAUAAGAAUGGAGACUGACUGGAGAGAAAUAUUAAAAUUUUCACAAAGGGAGUUAAAGCAGGCUGAAAAAGAAAAACUUUGUGAAAGUUUGUCCUGGAUGGAAACAGAUGAUAUCGAACUUAACUUUACUGACCUAAAGAUUUUAUUUAGACUCGCUCAAGAUAUAAUAAAAUAUAAAACUGAACAAAUUAACGGAGUUUUGGGUAACAUAGAAAAAUCAAAAAGAAAGAACAAAACCAAAGAAAAAAGUACGAUUACAGACUCUCCUGCUGUUAGUGCUGACAGUGUAUUCGAAACAAUUACGCAUCAAGAAGAAGUAAUAAAAGCAAAUAAAGAUAUUUUAGAACAGCUGUAUGCAGAUAUUGCCGAAUUAGAACAACGCAAAACUCAAUAUGAAGGAGAUAAAAACAAAGACCAGGAAAGUGAAUCAAGUCGCGGAACGCUAUCUGAACUAGACGCAAUUGCACAAUUAGAAAAUGAAGUGUCUAAAAGAAACAGACAUAUAAGAAAAUUACUUGGGGACGUCAAAAUAUUGGAGGAAGAAAACACUACAAUAAAAGGAAAGUUAACAAUAUUCAAAGAUAAGUUAAGAGAAGCUACACUUCUCAUUGAAAAUUUAACUGAACAAUUAUUUGCCUUUAACACCGAACACACAAAAUUAAAAGAACUUCUCGCAAGAAUGGAAGAAGAAAAGGCGAACUUAGUUAUAGAAAUAGAAACUCUCAAAAAUGAAGUAAAUCAAAAUAGUUUAAUAAAUGAAAAAACCGAGGAAGAUAUGAAAUCUAAACUUCAGCAUCUGAAAGAACAAGUGAAAUCCUACAAAAGCAAAAUUGACGCGCUAUCAGCCGAAAAUUCUCAACUAAAAGAAGAUAUUAUGAUACAAAAACCAAAAUCUGACGUGUCCCCAAAGAAAAUCAAAUUGGAAGAAAUGAAAGUAAAACAAUUACAAGAAAAACUGGUAGAAGCGUCAGAAGAAAUGGUAAACACCGCGAAUUUAAUUCAAGCCCUAAAAGAAGAAAAUAAGUAUUUAAAAACAGUUCUUGAAGAUAUGCCUGAUAACUCUAUAUCUGAACACAAAAAUGAAAGCGAUGAUGGUAAAGAAAAAAUUUUAAUAAAUAAACUUAAAAGAAAAGUCAAAAGCUUAAAUGUAGCCCUUCAAGGUGCAGAAGAAAUGGUAGCUGUAAGAGAAAAAGAGCUUACAGAAAUAACGGCACAAUUAAGACUACUACGCUCAGAUGAAGGGGUCAAUGCACUAAUAGAAGGCAUAAAAAAUAAAAAAAGACAUCUUAAAAUUAAGGACGAAGGUAUUAAAUCAUUAGUACAGGAAGUAAAUACAUUGAGCAACCUCGUGAAUGAACUUCAACUUGAAAAUGCAACCAUGAGAAAUAAUCUUGGUAUUCCGAUAAAUGAAAAAAUAAAUACGCAUGGCAUUUUAAAAAAAUAUAACGAUUUGGAGAUAGCAAAUGUGGAACUAUCGAAUAAAUUGCUAGAGUACGAAAAUAAGUUUAUUUCUCUAGAAAUUGAUUAUCGUGAUAAAAAAUCAGAAGUCCUGCAACUGAAAUCUCUAUUAAAAGCCGCAAAUGAUGUAUGUUUUGAAAAAACAACGUCUACAACUCUAAAAUCUAUAUUAGAAGAAAAUGAAGGUCUUCGAAAUGGACUGGCAGAGAUUUUAACAUUUAUGAAAGAUAAUAGCGAGACAACUUCUGGAGUUCUUUCGAUGGAAUGUCCCAGUUUAGAAGGUAUUUUAAAUGCAAUGGAAGCACGAAAAUUGGCUGGUUGGUUUUCACCACACAUGAAAACCGUUAUGGAAUUAAAAGCAGCAGUAGGUGGAAAGGAUGCUUUAAUGCAUGCCCUACACGAAUCAAGGAAAGAGACAUUUCAAAUAAUGAAAAAACUCGCUGAAGAAGAACAAAGAUCGUCUGAAUUAGAAAAAGUAAUACUUGAUAUAAAAGAAAACUCAAAUUUAAAAGAUGAAACAAGCGAUAAAAUAUCAAACACAGCAGAUAUAAGUGAAGGAGAAUUUGGAUCUUGGAUGCCUAAUAACGUAUAUGAAAAACUUGAUUUUAAUGAUGAUAACCAGAUACAAGAUAUCCUUGCUAAGGGAAAUAUGAUAUACAAAAACCACUUCGUACACGCUAUAAAAUAUUUUCAAAACAAAUUUACAGUUCUUUUUGACAAAUUUACUUCGUUAACUAUAACUGCUGAAGAUAAUUUAAAUAAAUGGGUGGUUAAAGAAGAACAAUAUAAAGCUGAGAUAGAAAAUUUAAAAUGUCAAUUAGAUGAAAAUGAAGAUGAUACUAGCAUUCGAUCACCUGGAUUAUGCACUUCCUCUAAAGCAGUUUUUAUGGAUAGAAAGUAUAAUUUUCUUGAGAAUUCAUACAAAGAAAUAAGAACUUUGAAUGAAAAUAUUAAGAAUGAAUAUUUAGAAAGUAAGAAAGAAAGAAUGGCUGAAUCAUUUGAAUACGAAAAAAAAGUUCAAUAUUUAAUUAUAUCUGUUAUAAACCUGAAUGAUAAGCUGCGAAAUUCAGUACCAGUUGAGUUAUUUCUUAAACAAAAUAAAGUUUUGAAUCAAUAUAUAAUUAAAUAUCGAAACAUAGUCGAAAUCAACAAUAAAAAUCAUAUUCAAGCACUAGAUAUAAUAAAGCGAUUAGAUGAGGAUAAACUCGAAAUCAUUAAUCGGUUUCAAAAAGACAUUCCAGAAACAACAACUAAUAACGAUCAAAAAACAAAUAAAAUAAUAUCAGAUGUAGAACAAUUAGUAACACAGAAACAAUUCGAACAAAUAGCUUUGGAGUUGAAUAAAAAAAACGUUGACAUAGAGACGUUAGAAAAGAAAAUAUUGGAUUUACAAACUUCGCAAUCGCUACUAAUAGAUAAGACAAUGCAGAUAGAAGCGAUAGAAGAAUUGCAUAUGAUAGAAGACCAAAUGAAAUUAUUGAAAGAAGAAAAUAAAUUCCUUAAAGAUCAACAGAAAGAUAUCCAAUACAAACAUGAUGUUUUACUUUUACAAUUAAAGGCAUAUGAACAAGGAAAAUUAAAUAAUGAUAUAGAAAUAAAUAUGUUAAGACAUCAAAUUCUUGAUCUUCAGUCAAUUGGGGAUAACAAAGCAAUAAUCGCCAGACUCAGUGGUGAAGUAUUAUUAGCACAAGUACAAACGUCUGAAAGCUAUGAAAAAAUUGAAUCACUGAAAAUAGAUUUACAUAGAGAGAAACAGUUAAGAGCUGAGACGGAAGAAACGUUGAUUAAACAUCAAAAAGUCUUUGAUAUUUUCUCUGAGAGGUGUAAUAAACAGUUUAGAACUAUGAAUAGUAUAGUCGAAAUUUUACGGAAUCAAUAUGUUGGUAGCUUACCUCUAAUCUCUGCAGAAACUUUUUUCAAUAGACUCAAAGAAGUUCAACAUAAAUCGCAAGAAACUGAGGAAAAACUUAAUGACUUAGAAGACUUACGAUUAAAUCUCAUGAUAAAACACAAUAUUUUUAGUCAAGUUUUAGAUCUAUCAAAGACAAAAUGCUUUGAGGAUGAAGACAGUUGUUCACAUAAACUGCAAAACAUAAUUAUGGAAAAGACUCAAAAACUAGAGAUUGAAAAUUAUAAUAAAAAAAUAUUACUGUUAGAACAAUCACACAAAAAUCUUUUAGAGCGUUGUGAUUUUCUAGAAAGGACGUUAGUAUUAGUAAGUCAAGGUUUUAAAACUAUAAAUGCUAAAUUUGAAAAUCCAAUGAAUUACAUAGAAACUGGAGAAAUUGAAGUCCAAGAUAUUCAAACUGGUGACGAAGCCAUUAGUAAAGGAAGUCUCACAUACACUUUACCACAUGUCGAACCACAAUAUAUUGAUUUAAAAGAUCGAAAAACAAAAUAUGAGAUGUCUGACACUAACAUUCCAAAUAAGACUGUUUCAAAGUCUAAAAAGGUGGAACAUCGUCAAACUCAAACUAAUUUGAACCUAAGACCAACAGAUGUAAAGUUAAUCCAAACUGAAGAUGAUAGAAAAACUGUGGAGCUUAAUUCCCAUAUAAAUCAACUUUUGAGUGAUAACCGACAAAAAGAAAAACUGUUAGAGGAAAUUAAUAUGAAAUCUCAUCAACAAGCACAAGAUAUACUCCUUUUGAACACGAAAAACAACCAAUUAAAUAAUAAAUUACAAAGUCUAUCUAAUACUAUCGACGAAAAAGAAAAAACAAUUGAAAAUUUGGAAAUAAUUAUAGAUUCUGCCAAAAAAGAAAUAAAUUAUUUUAAAACGAAAGAAUCAACACAAACAAACACUAAUGAAUCAGUACACGCUGAGAAUCAAGCCUUAUUAGCAAAUCUCAAAAAAAUAGAAAAUGAUAAAAAUGAUGUUAUAGUGGAAUACAAAGAACUUUUAAAAAAGGAAAGGCGUGAAUAUUUAAAAUCGACCAAAAAUUUACAGUUAAAAUUAUUAGAGUUACAGGCUGUAGUUGAUGAAAAACAGUCUAAAGCAAUCUCCGCAAACGAUGACGUUGACAAAGAAACUAUUAAUAAAUAUACAUUAAAAAUUAGUGAUCUGGAGGAUAAGUGUUUUAAAUUGCAAAGUGAUAUAGAAGGAUACAAAACAGAUUUAAAAAAUCAACAAAGUGAGUUAGAACGUUGGAAAGAGUUGGCCAUAGAACGAUUAUCAAAAAUGGAACAGCUUAGUGUCCAAUUGAAAGAGAGACACAACCAUGAAAUGGAAUCAUACAAAGCUGAGAACCAGCACUGGUUGUCGCAAUUAAAUGAGACACAACGUGAGCAUAUGGAGCUAAGGACACGAUUGACGGAGCAAAAAUCUUUCCAUGUAAAGCAGUUAGCAGAAAAGGACGCACACAUUGAACAUCUACGCUCUGUUAUAAAUAAUUUGAAGACACAAGUACUCAGCAUGCAGACAAUGCUUACAAUAAAUGAUCCUAGUUUCGAUUUAUCCGCCAUCGUCGAAGUUGAUGAAGUGAGCGACGCGUCGCAACAAGGCUCAGAUAGACUGGAACUGAAGUUUGAUUCCUCUGGCGACUUGAACGAAGGUCAAGAUGAUUUUAUGAGGAUACCGAGUAGUUCUACAACUAUAUGGCAGGAACCGUUGAUAGAGCGUUUACGAAGAGAAAAACAGUUGGUGGGAAAACAGAAUGCUAUAUUGAGGAGACAAAUAAAAGCCCUCGCUGCGAGGGAGCGCAGGUCACGCUUGGACGCACAGAAUCUCAAAAAUCAAAUCUUUCGUAUCACUACCACGGGUAACAAAGUCCCCUCGGCGGAGUCAGCGGCGCUUCAAAAUAAGAUUCAGUCUUUACAAGCCCAGCUGACGAGCGCUCGACGUGACGCCCAUUCUUCUGUAGCACUCUGGGAUAAAUGCAAAAGAGCCCAACAAGCAGCGGAAAGAUGGCAAGCGAAAUUCGAAGAAAAAUGUCAAGAAGUUAAGAAAAUAGAUAUGAGCUUGAAUUUAGCGAAGUCUGCGAUUGCGAGACUAGAAAAAGAAAAACGCGCUCUUCUCGCCAGACUGAGUGAUAUGAAACAUGAAAAGUCGCUGACAAUUGAGAAGCAGGAUUCAGAAGAGUCCGAGAAAGCGGUGUCUAGAAAUGAAGACUGCUAUACACCUCCUCCCGUAUCGACACGUGCACUUCUCGACAGAAUCGAAGCUCAGCAACGUCGAAUUGCUGCACUGGAACUUGCAGAAAUGGGAAACGAAACGUUAGUAUCGGAGUAUGAGAGGUGUUUGGCAGAGAUAACGUCGCUAAAGGGUCAAGUGCUCAAAUUGGAAUCCACACUGCUCGAAGGUCAAAUUAGAUCACCAUUGAAGUCCGCAGAUGACGCAAAACCAGAACUGGAUUAUUGGAAGAAUUAUUGCGACAUGUUGAAAGAAGAAAAUAUGCAGUUGACGUUGCGUGUGACCUCUCUAGAGAACGUACCAACGUCAGCCCAUCACCAACGCGUCAGCGACUUGGAACAGACCGUGUUGACUCUCAGAGGGCUUGUCAGCAAACUACAAGCAGACCAAAAGUCAUCAGUGGGUGCCCAUAGGCGUGUCGACUCUCGUCCCAAUAGUGGACGCAGCAGCUCGGAGAAGAUGCGCAGUCAAGUGGAAUCAUACCGCAUUGAGAUAUCAAACCUCAAAAAGAGUAUCGUUGAGAAAGAUAAUCUUUUGGAGACUUCCAAAGAGAUGCUUAAGAUUGCUGCAGAAAGAGAAGAUGACUUAUUAAGGGAGAAUGCACUGUUGCAGCGGCGUUUAGAACAACUAGAAAUUAAAAGAGGAGUCACGUCGACAUAAUCUAAGUGCUUAUUAAACUACUUAGUUAGUGUAGUAGUAGGUGUAAGAUAAAUAAAACUUUAUUUUAACAAUAAUAACAACUUUAAUAAACUAUACAAUA